CAUGUAGGCCAGUCCUAACUAAAGGGAGUGAGGGGCUGAGCUGUGGGAAUGAAAACUGAAGCAACUGCGACCUCAUGACAAUUGACAACAGAGCAGUGAAACAUGAGUGGGGGUUACGACGUGGACCUGUUUGUGGACGGUCCAGACUAUGACCUGCUCUGCACCAUCUGUAGAGCUGUCCUGAGGUGUCCUGUCAGAGUGGCCUGUAACCAUGUCUUCUGCAAGACCUGCAUCCUACAGUGGCUCAGGAGACAGGAGACAUGUCCCUGCUGUAGGAACACUAUCAGUCCCAGCUUUAUGUUCGUCAUGUACAAAUUGAGUAAAACUAUCAGCCGCCUGAGGAUUAAGUGUAACAACGAGGGAUGCUCAGCCACUUUCCCUCUGUCUGAGGAGUUCCUCCAUAGUUCCUCCUGCCAGUUCCAGAGGGUCCCAUGCCCCCACCAGGGCUGUGGUUCCUUGGUGCCCCGCUCAGCCCUGGAGGUCCACUCACAACACUGCCAGCACUGGAGCCAGCUCUGCCCCAUGGGCUGUGGUACUCUGCUCACACAGGCCACCCAGCCCCAGCACAACUGCUUCAGGCAGCUGAGGCAGCAUGUGGAGGCCCAGAGGCAGAGUCACAGAGCCAUCGCUAGCACCCUCCGGAGAAAGAUGGGGAGAAUGCAGACCGCCAUGACACACGUCAGGAGGCAGGUGGCGCUCAUCUGUGAGAGCCUAGAGGUCAUGGGAGAGGGGGAGGCAGAAGGGGAGGGGGAGGAGGGUGGAGAGGUGUAUGAGGGAUAUGGAGAGGGGGAGACAACAGGGGAGAGUAAUACAAGCAGCAGUAGCAGCAGCUCUUGAGAUGGGUACAGGUUUUUAUUUGUGUUUUUUUUUUUUUACAAAUUAUUAAUUAAGUUUUAUGUGACAUAAUGGUUUUUAUACAAAAUCUGUUUAUGCGAAAAUGUGAAAAUGAAAGAGGUUUUGGAUUUUAAUGAUUUUAAUGAAACUGUUAAUUUCAUUUUGGUGUAUUUUGUAAAGACUGCAAAUGUAUUCUUCUGGAUUGUUUUUUUUUCAGAAUAUUUUUAUU